ACCUAGUCGUGUUUUCAACAGUACUGAUCUUAUUUCCCUGUUUUAAGAGAACACUUAUACUGCUUUCCCUGCCAAAUACAUCUUACCUCUAUUACACUUUGCUGCUUUCCCGUUCCAAGCUCUCCGCCUCAAUUGGAGUGGCCAGAGAGGUGGGGGGAAAGACGAGGUCAAUGAUACGACCGUCGAAGCAACUACGAUCAACCUUCAAUAAUUAGACCUGAAGAUGGAUCUGGGAGGAACGCCGUCGCCCCUGGUCCCUUCCUUAAAUCUAAUGAAGAUUGAACCCGACACUGGUUCAUUUCUCUGGCAGCACUCCACUCUCCCUGUUCGUGUCUUCCUAAAGAGGAGAGUCGUUGUCUGUGUCCAUGGACAAGCAUGGUCGAUCCUGGUCUCCCAGAUGCAGAUUUUCCCGUAGUUGACUCCGACGGAGAUAAGGAUGACGACGAGAAAACAACGGUGAUGGUGACGAAGAUGUGGAAGAGUAUGCCGAAGACGGUGCCCGUUCGUUUCUCCGGCAACCUCUACUCACCCUCCUCGAGCUCCAGCAGCAGAAGCUAUGACGUGGAAGGUCACGACGAGGAGAAGAAUGUCGAUGGCGGCGAAGGUGUCGGAACAUUCAGCCCUUGGCAAUGUUCACAAGAAUGUUCUUUUGAUGGCAGCAUCAGCCUGAGUUCUACAACUCAACACCAACUCUCAAGCCUUAUUCGAUAAUUGAAAACCCCAUCCUUUGUUUUCUUCCCCUCUACCCUCUUUCUAGUGUCAAUUUGGGGUUUUUGCUGAAUUUAGUGCAAUAAAACAAGGGGCUGAUGAUGUAGCCUUGAACAACUGGCUUACAGUAUCAAGACCAAAAACUGAUUUACAGAGACAAAGAAAGGGAUUAAAACAUGUUCAUGGAUAUAACAGGGGUGAAGACUGGUCCAAAAUGGUUCUUCUUCAAGCCCCAAUUAGCCGAGAGAAGCAUUGCCUUGAGAUGAGAAAGAACUGUAAGAUGGAGAAAGCUUUCAGGUCCAUUUUAGAGAUCAACUUCCAAGUCCACUGCCUCACCAUCAGGGUAUCUAAGCUUCCUCUUUGAUCCUCUUCCACGAGUUGUAGGUAAUUCGAUAAUACUGAUCAUAAUGUCCAACUUGGUUUCUUUCUUAUAGAUUUUGACUCUUGAAUCAGUGAUUAGUAUUGGUGGGAAGGUAGCAGAAUAGGAAGUUUUGAGCUUGAACGAGUUGUUACCAAAUGAGCUACUGAAAUUGGAUUGUUCAAAAGGUGCCAAUUUUAUGUUCUUCGCAUAUGGGUUGUAAGUGCUUUCUUCUCUAUAAAUUUUCUCGAUCUACUCAUUGAAUCAUUUACCAUUCACAUUCUAUGAGACUUAAUGUUUUGCCUUACUCUAUUUGUUUAUUUCAGUUAAACAAAAUCACCAUCAAUGCUGCUCGGUAUGGGGUCCGAGAGGAGCUGCUAAAUCUCUCUGUAGUUUAGAGUUUCAGAAUGUUUUCCAAAUUGAUUGGAUUUCUCCCAUCUCUAGAUAUUUCCGCUUACACAUAAACUAAUUCUAUUUCCAAUUGUUUGCUUUUAGAGGUCGCGAUUUGUAGUGCUUUUGGGUUUUAUUGUUCCGAGCUCACCCCGAAGAUGUUGAAAUUAAUGAUGGUAUGUCUUGAAUCGUUUUAUAUUUGAAAGAAUGGGCUUCAGCUGAUAGGAUAACUUUAUCUUAUUGUGCUUCAGUUUCUGCAUGUCACUGAAGACGUGGAAGAAUUGAAAUCUAGAUUUGAAGAACAUUAACCUUUACAAGGUGCAAAAUCCACUCACUGAAUGUAAGUUUGUGAACCUUUUUUCGUGAUUUUGUUGCUAAAAUUGUAUGUCUGUGAAUUCAUGUUUGAAUGCUCAAUUAAAUGGAUUCAUGAUUGAAUGUCAACCUUUUUCAUGAAUCCAUGGUGUUCAUUUCCCUAUUGUUUACUCUAGAUCAGUUUGCUAUUGUUUCUUAGUCUACAUUUUUCAUCUUUUUUGCGUAAGCUCUACUAAUUACAACUUCUCUUAGUUACCACAGCAGGCAAGAAAUACACCGCCACCAAUCAGGCUUUGAAUGAAUCUUGACAGAAGAGUCAGAUAUAAGAUUCUUCACUUUAAGAACCCAUGUUAAGUUUUAUUUAUAUGAUUUUGCUGUGAAAAGUCAUGAUCUGAUAGGUACUCAUUUUCCAUUCUUUGGCUUGUUGAUUAUGUAUAGAUAAUUCCAGGAUUAUGCCUUUUGAAAACUCUUCUUAUAGCAUGACAGAUUAGUUCAGUCAUGAGUAUAAAUCAAGAGCUUCUCCACAAGUAAGGGACAUUGAGGGCCUGCGAUUUUUGCUCAUGGUCAAUUGUAUUCGAGAUUGCAUAACUGAUAGACAAGUUAAUGAAUAGGUUGGUUAGUAAGCUGAGUCCCUUUCCUCGCUCACUCACAUAUGCUUUUCAUGCCUACAUGGAACUCAAUUGGCUGGGCUUUUCACAUUGAUUUUUUGGGUAAUUAUAGAUCUUAGGAGUUAAUCUUUUUUAAAAACUGUUUUCACUCUGGUUUGUCGUUGCCAUUUUAGUCUCAUUUUCUUAACUUCCUCUACAUUCAGGCUUCUUCCAGUAAGGCUCUUUCCCUAUAAUUGAUGGAAGGGCUUGGCUCAUUAUUCUAGUUGACAGGAUGUAGCAAAUUAUGUCUAUACUUGAUGUUUAAUUGAUAAGCUUAAGUCCAGUAAACUAAGAGUUCUUUU